AUGUCGCUCUCGAACAAGCUAGCUAUUACCGACAUCGAUGUCAAGGGCAAGAGAGCCCUGAUCCGAGUCGAUUUCAAUGUCCCUCUCGAUGCGGACAAGAAGGUCACCAAUACCCAGAGAAUCGCCGGAGCUCUGCCAACGAUCAAAUAUGCUGUCGACCACGGUGCCAAAGCUGUGAUUCUCAUGUCCCAUCUUGGACGACCAGAUGGCAAACCCAACCCAAAAUUCAGCCUCAAGCCUGUCGUCCCAGAACUCGAAAAGCUGCUUGGAAAGUCGGUUACCUUCCUCGACGACUGUGUCGGCAAGGAGGUUGAGGAGGCCAUUUCCCGUGCCAGCGAUGGCCAAGUUUUCCUUUUGGAGAACCUGCGUUUCCACGCCGAGGAGGAGGGAAGCUCCAAGGAUGAGUCUGGCAAGAAGGUCAAGGCUGAUCCAGCUGCCGUUGAGGCUUUCAGAAAGGGACUGACUGCCUUGGGAGAUGUCUAUAUCAAUGACGCAUUCGGCACCGCCCACAGAGCCCACAGCUCCAUGGUUGGUGUUGACCUACCACAAAAGGUUUCUGGAUUCUUGGUCAAGAAGGAGUUGGAAUACUUCGCAAAGGCCCUUGAAAACCCCCAACGACCAUUCCUGGCCAUCCUCGGAGGCGCCAAGGUCUCCGACAAGAUCCAAUUGAUCGACAACCUUCUCACAAAAGUCAACAGCCUUAUCAUUUGCGGUGCUAUGGCUUUCACCUUCAAGAAGGUAAUUGACAACCUGAAGAUUGGCAACAGCUUGUAUGACGAAGAAGGCAGCAAGCUAGUCAAGGGAAUCAUGGAAAAGGCCAAGGAGAAGAACGUCAAGGUUGUCCUACCAGUCGACUAUGUCACCGGUGAUAAGUUUGCUCCUGACGCCAAAGUCGGUUAUGCCACUGAUGCCGAAGGUAUCCCUGAUGGCUGCAUGGGUCUCGACUGUGGUAAGGAGAGUGUCAAGCUCUUCCAGGAAGCUAUCGGCGAAGCUAAGACCAUUCUCUGGAACGGACCCCCUGGCGUCUUCGAAUUCGAUGCCUUUGCUCAAGCCACCAAGGACACCCUUAACGCAGCUGUGGAUGCCGCUCAGAAGGGAAGCAUCGUCAUUAUUGGCGGCGGAGACACCGCAACUGUUGCGGCCAAGUUCAAGGCUGAGGAUAAAUUGAGCCACGUCUCAACUGGAGGUGGUGCUUCCCUCGAGCUGCUCGAAGGCAAGGACCUGCCCGGUGUGUCUGCGCUGUCGAGCAAGUAA